AUGCGUUUUGUCGAAGUCUCGACACUCCGCCUGGUCGAGUUUGUCGACUCGAUCGAAGGCAUGCCAGACUAUGCCAUCCUCUCCCACACCUGGGCCGAGGAGGAAGUGACCUUCAAAGACAUGGAGACGUCUGACUACUACAAGAACAAGAAGGGCUGGGACAAGAUCAGGCGGUCGGCUGCGCAGGCGGCCGAGGACAAGCUGCGUUACGUAUGGGUGGACACCUGCUGCAUCGACAAGUCGAGCAGCGCCGAGCUCAGCGAGGCCAUCAACUCCAUGUACAAGUGGUAUGCCAGAGCAAGGGUGUGCUAUGCGUUUCUGGCCGACGUGGAAACGGUGCUGGACAAUCAAGCGCAGUUUAUCAAGAGCCGGUGGUUCACGCGCGGAUGGACACUCCAAGAGCUGUUGGCGCCUUCCAACGUAGUCUUCUACAAUAUGCACUGGAAGCGCCUGGGGACCAAGAAGUCGCUCGCCAACUUCAUCGGGGAAGCCACGCACAUCGACACCCGAGACCUCUUGAGCCAGUCUCGAGCAAUGUCCAGGGGCGUCGCCCAAAAGUUCAGAUGGGCCUCCAAGCGCGAGACCACGAGGGUGGAAGACCGCGCCUACAGCCUCCUCGGGAUACUGAGAGUGAACAUGCCGCUGCUGUACGGGGAAGGCAUCAAGGCGUUCCAGCGCCUCCAAGAGGAGAUCAUCAAGCAGUCUGAAGACCAGAGCCUCCUCGCAUGGGGCAUGGGCCUCACGCUCUCCAACUUCCUACCCGAGGGCGCACUCGCACUCUCCCCCACGCCCUUCAAGAACUGUAUCGAUGAUAUGCAAACUUUCAAGCCACGCUUCCUGCCUGGUCAUUCCACCGACCUACCGCCCACCCCCUGGCAGGUAACCAGCCGCGGAUUGCGCAUCGACCUGCCCUUGAUACACUGCGAGUGGCUCAACGGCCUGGCCUGGGCCCCUAUAUGCUUCUUCAGCCGACCCGCCCCAGAGGGUGGGAGUGUAGACAUCGCCGUCAUUAUCCCCCUGCGCAGGCACCAGGACGGCACGUAUUGGCGGACGGUAAGGUCGACGCCCUUGCUCCUGGACAUCACCGCCGACUCGGAGGAAAAGACUGCCACCGCGAUGCCGCCGUACAUGAGCAAGGCGCGGUACUCGUCCGUCUUUGUGCACAUGCCCCUGACGCUCAAGACGCUGCAGGGCCUCUACGGGUACCCUAGCAGCGUGACGCACCUCGACGUCACGGACCUCGAGGCCAGCGGCUUCAAGGCCUACGCGUGGUGCCCCUCGGACGGCAUCACGACGCGCUCCGACGACACGGUCCAGGUCGCGGGAGACCUGGGCUUCCUGUCCUUCAGCAAGAGCGGGCCUCACCAGCAGCAGCAGCCGGACGAGAAGCAGGAGGGCGGCGGGGGCGGUUUUUUGUUGUCGCCGCCGCAGGAGGCGCUCACCGUCUUCGUGGCGCGGAACCCGGCCACGGGCCUCGCCGAGGUGACGAUGCGCGUCGACGCCGUGCGGCCCGGGUGCUCCGUGCUGCUCGAGUACGCCAUCGUCAACUACCGCCACGAGUCGAUCGCCGCGCGCAGCGAGGCGCAGGUCGUGUUUGCCGGCGAGACGUGGAGGGUGUGCAAGGUGGGCAGGGUGGGCGCAGGUGAGGGUGACGACGACGAAGAAGAAGAAGGAGGAGGAGGUGGUCAGGGCGGCCCGGAAGGCCUGUUCCGCGUCAUGCGCGUGUCGCCUUCCAGGGGGAUGACGCCGCCUGCGAGCGCGGCCGACAGCAAGCGCAAGAGGGGCAGCGAGUGGACGCCGACGAUUCAGCCCGGGAUCAAGAGGUCGUGGCCGGAUGCAUCUUCCCAGAAGCUGCUGGAUCCCGAUGAGGAGGCCGGGUCGGUGGAGGAGAUGGAUGAGGACUAA